CAGCGACUGUCCAAGUGACAGAAGACUGAAACUUGGCCCCAUCAUGAUUCUGCAAUGCGAGCAUUCCUCACCCGAUCUGAAAGCAUUCACGCCUAGUGUAACACUGCCAAGGUCCUAAGAUGACGAGCAGCAGCCGCUUCGUAAACAUCAGGCACCAGCUAUUCCAAAGCUGAGGCCAUGGGCAAACUCAAACGAGAAUAUAAAGGCAAAGCCGCACAGAACGAUGCCGCGACCUCUCCAGUACGAUACUCAAAAAUGCCUCCGCCCUCCACCCUUGCCACAACCGCCGAUGAGUCUUCCUCGACUCAUGACGAGCUUGACGCUGCUGACGCCGCUGUUGAUGAUACCGCUGAUGUCACUCGCGAUGGUCGCAUCGUCGUCAACCUCGACACAAAACUGGGCCACGUCUUCGCCCAGCUCAUGCAAGCAGCAGAAGCCAACUUGGAGUCUCCUGACGCCGAACCUCCACCAGCUUAUGCAGAGGCCACGCAGUCCGACCAUUGGCCCCUUCCUUUGAGUAUAGUCGUCCAAGUUGUUGGAAGUCGGGGUGACGUUCAGCCUUUCAUCGCACUUGGGAACGAACUCCAGCGUCAUGGGCAUCGUGUUAGGCUGGCUACCCACGCUAUUUUUGAGCAGUUUGUCACUGAUGCGGGCCUUGAGUUUUAUCCGAUUGGGGGAGACCCGUCGGAGCUAAUGGCGUACAUGGUCAAAAACCCUGGGCUUAUGCCUACAAUGAGCUCACUACGCGAGGGUGAAAUCGGCAAGAAACGUGAGAUGAUCGCUGAGAUCCUAGCCGGCUGCUGGUCCUCCUGCAUCUCUCCAGACCCCGUCACCCAGGAGCCAUUCGUCGCAAACGCCAUCAUCGCAAACCCACCCAGCUUUGCUCAUGUACACUGUGCAGAAGCUCUUGGCGUCCCUUUGCACAUUGUUUUCACCAUGCCAUGGAGUCCAACCCGUUCCUUUCCCCAUCCACUAGCCAAUGUCAAGAACACCACCACCGAUCGUCGACUUGCAAACUUUGUCAGCUAUGGAAUGGUACAACUCUUGACAUGGAAUGGGACCAGCGAUAUCGUCCAGAGAUGGAGGAAGUCUAUUGAUCUAGAGCCCCUUCCUGCUUUUGAAGCCCCCUUCUUACUCGACACUCAGAAGAUUCCCCAUACAUAUUGCUGGUCCCCUGCCUUGGUCACGAAGCCCAAAGAUUGGGGGCCACACAUUGAUGUCUGCGGGUUUCUUUUCCGCGAAGUCAAUGAAUACACUCCUCCCUUAGCUUUGGUCAACUUCUUGGAAUCUGGACCACCACCGAUUUAUGUUGGUUUUGGUAGCAUAGUGUCUCCGGAUCCAGAAGAACUCCUCGAUAUCGUGCUUGAAGCUGUCAAAAUUUGUGGUGUACGUGCAAUCAUCUCAAAAGGAUGGAACAACCUUCAGCGCAUCGACGCCAGCCAGGAGGUCUUCUUUCUUGGCGACUGUCCUCAUGAAUGGCUCUUUCAGAAGGUAUUUGCUGUGGUACAUCAUGGUGGUGCGGGAACUACUGCUUGUGGUCUCCUCAACGCCCGCCCUACAACCAUCAUCCCGUUCUUUGGCGACCAGCCAUUCUGGGGUGAAAUGGUUGCAAGCGCAAGGGCUGGUCCCCGCCCCAUCCCUUUCAAGAAGCUUAAUAUCCACAACCUCAGUGAAGCCAUAAAAUACUGCAUGACCAAUGAAGCUUCACAAGCAGCAGCAGCCGUCGCAGACAGAAUGCGGACCGAGAACGGUGUCAAAGCCGCGAUCAACUCUUUCCAUCGGAAUCUACCCCUGAAAGACAUGCAAUGUGAUUUGAUCCCAGAACUUCCCGCCGUAUGGCAAUACACAAGUGGAAAGAGGCCUAUCAAGUUGUCCGGCGCAGCUUUAGAAACCCUGCUCCGGUUUUCGAAAAUUAAGGAAAAUGACGUGGCGAUAUACAAAUCUAAGCCCAUUCAUGUGGAAAACAGACGUUGGGAUCUGAUCACCAGUUCCAUCUCUUCCACCCUCGGCUUCAGCUAUGACAUUUUGGAGUCCUUGAGCGGGAUAGGCUUAAAACCACGAGAGAUUUAUAAGAACAAGGAGAAGGCUCGUGCAAAGGUAUUGGCAGCCACCGAGGCCUCCGGCGUCAGCGAUCAGCGUGAACUGGUGCAUAACAAUGAGAGGUCUCCACGAGACCUAGGCAAGAUGAUAGGCUCAUCAGCAAUGAGUUUAGUGCAGCUUCAUGGGGUCGUUAUCAAAGGGACACUCGCCGAUGUUCCCGUUGCCGUCACUGAGGGCUUACGCAAUACCCCCAAACUUUAUGGCGAGGGCGUUCCAGAUCUUGAACCCGUCACCGAUUGGAAAAGUGGCCUGUCAGUGGCCGGACGCAAUUUCACGCGACAGAUGGGAGAAGGCCUGACAGACAUUUUUGUGCAGCCGGUGAAGGGGUUGUCCAGAGAAGGCGCCGUAGGCCUAGGCAAAGGCUUCGCAAGGGGGACAGUGCAGACUGCCACGAAGCCUGCUGCUGCUGUGCUGGGAUUGGUUGGGUACACGAGUCAAGGCAUCUAUAAGUCUCUCCGCAGCACCUUCCGGUCCAAAACUCGAGAGACCUUAGCAUCUGCUGGUCGGGUCCGAGACAAGUAUUUUCUCCACGCCAAAGGCGCCACAAUCGAUACUGCCGACGUAUUGAACCGGUUCACAAUUUUCACAGAAAAGACAAACAAGUCUAUGACCAGUGCUGAGAACGGCCCUACCACCCCACCAGCCUCUUUGGCAAGAACACAUCCGCCCGACGAAGAGCAACAAGAGGCUUUGUUGAGUAGCAGACGCCUGGGACAGCCAACAUCACUGGACAUAUCUCUAGUAGAUCCUCCACCAUGGUCCCAAGCCAUGGCAUCCCAGCCAGCCAACUCAACCCCAGAUGCGGACGCCUCUCUAAACGUUUUAGCCGAGCAACCAUGGGUCGAAUCUCAGGAGCCAGUGUUUGACCUCGCUCCGAAUGCCUGUCUGCCUCCUGCACGCGAUCACUCGAUGGAUUUUGGAAGCACUGCAUCAUCUCACGCGGGGGACGAAGGAGGCGACCAGCUGCCCGCCACCGUUCCUGGUCAGACCCCGCUAAGGGUUAGGAGACGCUCAGAUCCCGAGUUGCCAGCGUACAUAUGAUGCCAGAUUUCUACCAACAGGUCUCGCCUAAGCGCACAAAACUGCAGCUCUUGGUACUGCCAUCGCCCUUCGCCCGGGCCUACAGGGUGGCUAUGAAGUGUUUCUAGAGAUGUGGACGUGAUUGCCUCCAGCUGUCGUCAAAGACAUUGUCCAUGCCGGGUGGAACAUCAUGUUACACCCAAAUAACGCCAUGCAAUGCCUGCUAAUGAUAACAAAACUGUGCCGCUCCCGGUGAGGUCACUAGUAGUUCUCAUAACCGUGGCCAGACUCUGCCAAGCCCAGCAUGGCCUCCAAAAGGGCACGCUUCUCAUUGUCAUCUCUUUUACCAAGAGAAGCAAUGGUAUCAGUAAGGUUGAGAGGCUCAUAGGCAUCCCUCCAGGUAUCCGUAGAGAACAAAGGGACAUCUGGUUUACAGACGGUGCCAGCCUUGGGGAGGGUGCCAUGGAGGAAAUACUCGCGGAUGGCUUCUGCUGUGCAAAGCGAUGGCUGUGCUCCGGCACCGUGCUGGGAUAAUACAUUAGCUUUACGG